UUUCUCCAAUUUUCUCCUUUCUCAUAAACCAAAGAAAUUCGUAGUAAAAUGGAACAUACAUCAAUGGGAGCUUUUUUCGAUGGCGAAAUCGAGUCUUUAUGCAACAUUUUCUCAAUGGAUGAACCCAAUUUUGGAGCUGAGUUUUUUGGUCAUUCCGUUUCCUCAUUUGUUUCCCCAUGUACUAAUGAUAAUAAUGAUUUUUUUUACUACGAUUCUUCAAAUUGUUUACCCCCUUUUUACCAAAAUAACUUACCAUACCAUCAUAGUGAUAAUUCUAGUGAUACAACUAGCUAUAGCUUCCCUUCACAAACUACAAGUAGUUGUCAAAAGUCCCACUUUUCAUUACCACAUAAUGCAUGUUUUCCCAUGAACAACAUCUCUAUGAUAGAGCAAGGAAAUCUUUCCCUUUUCACUUCGCCUUUUCCUACUACCCCUGUAAAUGUAGAUGGUUCACAAGUAGGCUUCGUAGAAGAUAGUGAAUCUGACAAUAAUCUUACAUCACCACAAAAUGAUUCAGAAGUUGAGCUCAAGAGGAAGCAUACUACAUUAGAAUUAGAAGCUGAAGAGAAGCUAAAGGCUGCACCUAAGAAAAAAGUUCGAGUUUCUAAAGAUGUAAGUAGCAAUUCUUCAACCACGAGUUCAUUCAUCAUAGACUCAACAGUAUGGUACAAUCCCUCACAUUUCCUACAUAAUGUACAUGCUCUACACAUGAGCAAUUGA